UUUUUUAAUAUUUAACAUAAGAUAUUAAAUAUCUUAUUCAAUCGAGAAUAAGAAGAAAUUUAAUUAUAAUUCCAAGGUAGAUAAAUCUUCAAUGCUGAAAUAAUUUAUAAGCAUAGUAUUUGUAAAUGAUCGAAGACUUUACCUGAUCUGUGCUGUGGUGAUAAGGCUACCUUUAAUUUCAGAACAACGCGGGCUUUGAAUUUAAAAUUAAUAUUAUCAAUAGCAACAUCACAAAUUAAGAUAAUGGUAAAUAUAGUUUUUUCUAUUGUUUUAAGGGUUGUUCAAAUUAAUUUUUGAAUUUCUAGUUUUAAUUAUAAAUAAUUGUUUAAAUUAUUUGUGUCUUCAUAUAUAUUACAGUUAUUUUAAAGUGAUUAUUGAAAAUGACUGGAUUUGGUUUUAAUACAUCAACUGCAAAUGCUUUUGGUUCUGGAAUCAAUGCUCAAACUUCAUCUGGUCCAUUUGGUUUUGGAGCUUCUACUACGUCUGCUACACCAUCAUUUGGAUUUGGAUCUUCAGUAGGUACUGCUCCAACAACAUCUUUUGGUUUUGGUGCUCCGACUACAAUUGCCACAUCAUCUUUUGGAUUUGGAUCCACUACAUCUGCAACACCUGCAUUCAGUUUCAAUACUAGUGGUGCUACAUCCACUCAGCCACAAUCUAUUUUUUCUGGUUUGGGACAAACUCAACCUGGAUUAUCAGCUACACCAUCUUUUGGAGGAACUUUUGGCUCAUCAUUCGGAGCUAAACCAUUUGGUUCUACUACCACAACAACAGCAUCCCCUUUUAAUUUAACAUCAUUUCAAGGAAAUACCACUCAACUACAGCAACAACAUCAAACGCCAAAUAUAAAUGAUACAGUUAUUAAUUCAAUUGUAAACUGUAAAUUAUUCGAUGAUGAGAGAGACCAAAUAAUUUGUAAACUAAACUUAUUACAAGCAUGUUGGGGGACUGGGAAAGGAUAUUACGCAUUAAACAAUACUCCGCCAGUUGAAUAUACUCCUCAAAAUCCACUUUGCCGGUUUAAAGCUAUCACUUACAGUGUCAAACCAACAUCAUCUAGUCGAGACGCCCUUGUAGCUAUUGUAAUUAACAAAAAAAUGGAUGAGAUAAGAAAACAAGAAGCACAGUUAACAUCAAAUUUGUUUGCUAUCUUGGGAAGUAAACCAAAUUUUAGUGUACAUUUAGAUACAUUAAAAUGGUAUACAGAAACCAAAUCUAUGGCUCUCAUAUUUGUUGAAGAAAAAUUACAAAAUGGUAAUUCAAAAAGAGUAUCAAGUAAUGAUGUAGUAAAUUAUUUAAUGCAACCUGCUCCAAAGCAACAGUUGACUACUAUGGGAGUAGAAAAUAUAUUUCCAUAUGCAGGAUUUACCGAAGAAAACUUACGUGAAUACUUUGAAAAUCCUCCAGCAGGUAUUGAUUUAAGAGUUUGGAAACAAGCUCAAAUAGACAACCCAAACCCCACAGUAUUCAUUCCUGUUCCUAUAGUAGGAUUCUCAGAGUUAUGUUGGAAAUAUAAGUGUCAUAAUGAACAAGUUACUGUACACAAAAUGGCUCUCAACAGUAUUUCUGAUCGUCUAAAUGAGUUAGCUAGAAAAAAAACUAGAGUUGAAUCAAAACUUGAACAAUACACUGAUAAAAUGGAUCAGUUGACCCAUAGAAUAGUUAAAGUUUUAGUUGGUCAAAUGGUUAUAUUAAAUGCUGGAAUGGCUCUAAGACCCGAAGAAGAAACUAUUAAAAAUCAACUGGAAGUAUUGUACAAUGAUAUUAAUUCACCUUUAAGGUUUCAGGGAAAGUUAACAGAAAUCGCUACUCUUGUUAGAUUAAAGAAUUCAGAGUUAUCGGAUGAUUCUAAAUGUAGUACAGGGUAUAUUCCACAAGUUGCUGAAGAAAUUAAGCAUUUUCUAGAACUACAGCAAAGAAUGAUCGCAGAAAUGCAAACUGUUGUUAGAGAAGAUUUUAAUGCCUUAAAACUGAUGAAAGAAACCUUAAGUAAUGUUAAAUAAAAAUAUUAACUCAAUAAAAAAAAAAAUGUAUUUUUAUCAAAAAUUUGCUGUAUUAUUGGCAUAAAUUUUAGUUUAAAAGAAUUGAUAUAAAACUAUGUGAUUUUUUGUACAAGUUAGUAUGAUAAAUUCCAUUUUAUUAUUUACAGAAGCUAACUACUUUUUCUCAUUAAAGAACAUUUUUAUUUGGUA